GUUCUCCAUCUACUGAACUAAAUAACAUCUAUUAGUGAAGAGACUUUCUACAAAAUAAAAGCAUCCUUCAGACACAGAGUCGUCCUCUCACACGUGUGACUGGACACAGUCGAGCUCUGUGGCAGCAACUUUAAUUUACACUUAAUAUUAUUAGCCGUUGAUUAGAAAAUGCCUCUGCGGUUUAAUCACUUUCCUGCGUUGUCUCCGUGAGAAGCCGGAUGAAACGAGAUAAUACAGAUAACAAUCUUAAAGGGCGGGUUAUUUAUAAUGAGGGGCCAGAUGACACUGUACUGUAUUUCAUGACCUUGCCAGCCCAUUGGUUUGACCAGUAAUCCGCUUCCAUAAAGAGAAAGUGGAGGAUUUAGAGGACUAUCACAGAUUGCAAUAUAUAGCUUCUUAACUCUCGGUCCGGUCGGGACUCGGUCUAACGAGCUGAACCCUCCGCCUGGUCUACAAUAAAAUCCGGUUCCUGCUGCCAAGAUGGCCUGCGAGAAAAGACUGUCUGCGAGGCGUAAGCACACUCUGAAGGGAUGUAUGCUGCUGGUGGCCACCAACAUGCUGGAGGCUGAAGCCGGGGUGAAGGUCGGGGAGAGGGAGAAGUUCCUGUCUGAUAAAUGUCCUGCUCUGGAGCUGCCGUACUCCAAAGAAGAGCUCGAGGAGCUUUGCAAGAAACUCCACGAUCAGAUUGACAUCAGUGAGGAGGAGCGAUACAGCAUAGAGUUCAAACUCAACCUGGUCCUCAAUGAGGUGAGAGACCUCAACAUAAAGAUCGUGGACAUGAGGGGAAAGUUCAAGAGACCCCGUCUGAAGAAAGUGCGCAUGUCUGCUGACGCCAUGCUGAAGGCUCUGCUGGGCUCCAAGCACACGGUCAACAUGGACCUGAGGGCCAACCUGAAGCAGGUCAAGAAGGAGGUCAAGGAGGAGGACAAGCAGCUGCGUGAUGUGGGCGACUGGCGUAAGAACAUUGAAGACAAGUCCGACAGGAAGAAGAUGUUUGAUAGUUAAAAUGUGCUCCGUCGUGGAUUGUUGGGCUUAAACGAAUGCUUUUCAGGACAGAAUUCAGGUCAAACGUCUUUGUAAGAGAAGCGUUUUAUUCCAACAUGCUGCAUAUCCACCGUAAACCUACCAUUGACUUUAUUACACAGACGAGACGUGACGGUGAUGUGUGAAUAUCUUGGACAAUUUGUCAACGGAAGGUUCACAUCUUAAGACAUGGUGUUGACGGUGUUUCUAAGCUUCUCGUGUGGUCCAGUAAGUGAUGAACGAUAAUCUCCUCAGUUGGUUUGCAGGAUUUUAAAAGUGAUGACUGUGCAAACAAAUCAUUAUUUUCAAACCCUUUACCUUUUAAUUUAGCCUGUGAUAAGUAAAGUGUUUUAUCAAAAGUUAAGUUACACAGUGUUUAGUUUGUAAAAUCUGUAAUAAACCUGUAAUAAACCUGCGGUAGAUGCGGCGGGUUUCAGGUAGUUCUUGGAUAUCUUUCGUUGGAACAAAACUCUUUGAAUCUAAGCUGCCUUCUGCUUUUGCCUUUAUUGACGCUGUACUGUGUUGUGUAUUUGUACUGUGUUGUACUGAUGUCAGUAUUAGUACACGAGGGGUGAAUCAAACCUGCUUUUGUAUCGUGAAGGCUGACUCAUGCUUCUGCAUCCAAUUGUUAUGUUCAUCUUUAAACCUACGUGAUAUUAUUUUCUUUUUUUUUACUUUUUCCACAGAAAAGACACAAAAAUUGGCAUCACAUUUACAGUUGAUUAUGUUAACAUGUUCUCUAAAGUUUGACUAUUUCAAAAUACAAUCUAUCAACAAAUUUGUCUCAUUCGUCCUCUGACUGUAGAGCGUCUGCGCCCAUUGGUGUCUCACGUUGGCGACGUUAGCUGCAUGUUAGUGUUACGUUAGCUACAUGUUAGCGACGUUAGCUGCAUGUUAGUGUUACGUUAGCUACAUGUUAGCGACGUUAGCUGCAUGUUAGUGUUACGUUAGCUACAUGUUAGCUACAUGUUAGCGACGUUAGCUGCAUGUUAGCGAUGUUAGCGACGUUAGCUACACGUUAGUGUUACGUUAGCUAAAGCGUUAGCAUUGGCAGUAAUGGAUGACAUAAAGAGCGACUCCUCUACAGCAGAAGUGUAAUUCAGCCUUCACUCUGUACUAACAUCGUGUCAUCUUUUCUAAACUGUCCCAAACAAGAAGUGCGAUGUACGUUCCUCGUCUUGUGUCCGUCACAUUAAAUAAGAACGCUUCAUGUUCAUCUUG